AUGUCUUCUCCCCAGUCCGGCUUCUUCCUCUCCCUGGCCCCGGCCACGUCCUCUUCCUACCCGCGCGCUCCGGCCAGCCGCGCCCCUCUCUCAGCCAGCAACAACACGCCCCCGGUCGAGCAGCCGCAGGAGCAGCAGCAGCCGUCGUCGAGGCGAUCAUCCAGCUCCAGCAGCACCGGCUACAAGGUGCUCAAGCUGGGGCCCGUCCACUGGGGCGAGCACCUCGACGACCACAAGCUCGACUACCACGAGACGCCAUGA